GUGCCACUUUCGUCAAACAAAGUUAAAAUGUAUGUUUCUUUUUAAAAGCAAUUUAUACAGGUAAUUCUAAUAUUUAAUCUAAAGUUAUAUUGACCUGAACCUUUCCCAAAAAUGAGUCUGAUGGAUAGCUGUGACUCUAAAGGGUGUGCAGUAUGUGAUAAAUAACUUGUUGGCUUGGCUCAUGGACUAUAAUCCCCCCCCCCACACACACACCUCAUUCCAGCUCUAGCACGUCCCUGCUUAAGGAGGUAAAGAAUAUGCAGAAGGGAGGGAGCCCCCAUGUGGUGUGAGGAUUCUGGGGGUGUACCAGGAGUGCCCUCCUCUCCAGGUAGAGGCCUCUCCACCCAGCUGGGUAUUGUGAUGGAGUUAAUGAACAUAGGCUCCCUGGCCACCCUCCUGGCCAGCCUCUCUGGCCCCCCACCCUGGCCCCUGGCCUUCCGCCUGGCCCACCAGAUCGCUCUGGGAAUUAACUUCCUUCACAACCUUCCUCAGCCACUUCUGCAUCGCGACCUGAAGCCCAAUAACGUGUUGCUGGAUGACAACCUUAAUGCAAAGCUUACAGAUUUUGGCCUUGCUGAAGUCUCCCAUAGUGUUUUGGAAAUGUCCAGAGAAGAGCCCGGGAAGGAAGGAGGCACUCUAAGCUACAUGCCCCCUGAGGCUUUUGAAUCAUCGUAUGAACCAACUCGAGCCACUGAUAUCUACAGUUACGGCAUACUGCUGUGGUCCAUCUUCACUGGAAAAGUGCCCUAUUAUGCAGAUAACCCUCAUCUCCAGUCCAGUAUGGUGAGGUUCCGGGUCCCCUUGGGCGACAGGCCUCCUCUGGAGGCAGUGGACAGGGACCAGGCUGGUGGGCUGGGGGAGAUGGUGGACCUCAUGGUGAAUUGCUGGGACCAACAGCCUUCUAAUAGACCCCAUUUCCUGGAUUGCCUCACUGUGACAGAGAGAACCUAUGAGAGGCACAAGCCAUCAGUAAACGACGUGGUCCAUCAAGUGCUCCUCAAACUGGAGGAGGAGAGGAUGAGAAGACAGGAGGAGGAGAGGAUGAGAAAACAGGAGGAGGAGAGGAUGAGGAGACUGGAGGAAGAGGAGAGAGAGAGACAGGAGGAGGAGAGGAUGAGGAGACAGGAGGAGGAGGAGGAGAGAGAGAGGCAGAAAACUGGUCUAGCUCAUCUGAGGAUAGUUUUAGUAGGGAAGACUGGAGCAGGGAAGAGCGCAACAGGAAACACCAUCCUGGGUGGGGAGGGGUUUAAAGAAGACUCCUCCCCUGAGUCUGUCACUGCUCAGUGUGAGAAACAGAGUGGAGAGGUGGAUGGGAGGAAGAUUGAUGUGAUUGACACGCCGGGACACUUUGACACGUCAGUGACUAUAGAGAAAAUGAAAGGUGAACUAGAACGGUGCUUCUACAUGUCCGUCCCAGGACCCCAUGUGUUCCUGCUGGUGAUCAGACUGGGGAGGUUCACAGAGGAGGAGAGGAACACUGUUAAGUGGAUCCAGGACAACUUUGGAGAAGAAGCCUCAAAGUACACCAUGGUGCUGUUCACUGGAGGAGACCAGCUGAGAAAAAAAUCUGUUGAGCAGUUUGUAGGAGAAAGUGUUAACCUCCAGGAUCUCAUCAGCAAAUGUGGAGGUGGAUAUCACUCUGUCAUCAAUGACAGUGACAGUAGCGCCAACCCUGACCAAGUCCCAGAGCUGCUGAAGAAGAUAGAGGAGAUGGUGAAGAGGAACGGAGGACAACACUACACCAACGAGGUGUACCAGAAGGUCCAGAGGAAGAUCGAAGAGGAGGAGGAGAGGAAGAGAGAGGAGGAUAGGAAGAAAAAAGAGGAAGAAAUGAAGAAACAAGAGGAGGCGAUCAGGAAGCGGGAAGAGGAGGUGAGGAGAGAGGAGGAAAUAAAGAGAGAGGAGGAGUUGAGGAAGAUAGAAGAGGAGAGACAGGAGGAGAGGAGAAAGGCGGAAGAGGAGACGAGGAAGAUGGAAGAGGAGAGACAGGAGGAGAGGAGGAAGAUGGAAGAGGAGAGGAGGAAGAUUGAAGAGGAGAGGGGGAAGAUGGAAAAUGAGAGAGGGAAGAUGGAAAAGAAGAGGAGGAAGAGGAGCAGGAGAAAUGGUUCGAACGGCUUUUUAACCUUUAACCUUGUGGCCAGCACCAUGUCCUAACCCACUGAAUGGAACUGUGUGUACUUUCAUCUUUAUACAAACAUUAACCAGACAUUUAACAUCAUAACAUGACAUAAUCAUACCAAUCUUCAUCUUUCCUUUCACAUUAAAUCCCUGUUCUUCAGUAAAUACAAAAACAUGCUGAUUAUUACCUAACUGGGUCGUUGAUUGUAGACUUUACUCUCUGUAGGAAGGUAAUUGACUCUGGAUAAAAAAAAUAUGCUGUCUGUUUCUAUGACUGUAUAUGGCUCAGCUAAUGAUAAACAUACCCUAACCCUCCUUUGAGCUUCAGUCACCAGCACCAUCUCCCACCUAAAUUCAGGUUUUUUUUCUGGUCAUUAGUGUCCACUGUCCACCAAUGUUAUUUAAGCAAUAACACACAAGGGGGUGUGGUAGCCUAGUGGUUAGAGUGUUGGGCCAUUAACCGAAAGGUUGCUAGAUUGAAUCCCUGAGCUGACAAGGUAAAAAUCUGUUGUUCUGCCCCUAAACAAGGCAGUUAACCCGCUGUUCCUAGGCUGUCAUUGUAAAAAAGAUACUACUAACAUACUACAUUUACAUUUUUACAUUUAAGUCAUUUAGCAGACGCUCUUAUCCAGAGCGACUUACAAAUUGGUGCUUUCACCUUAUGACAUCCAGUGGUACGGUCUGCUAUACCAUGGCUGUCAGCCAAUCAGUAUUCACGACUCCAACCACCCAGUUUAUAAUAAAGAAGGAUUCUGGAAAAUAUGCUGUCUGUUUCUAUGACUGUGUCAUGACUCUCCUGUGACGAUCUGAAGGAUCAGGUUAGAGUGGGUCUGCUCUACAGCCUGCUCUCUCUCGUAGAGGGGAAUGUCAUGACUCUCCUGUGACGAUCUGAAGGAUCAGGUUAGAGUGGGUCUGCUCUACAGCCUGUUCUCUCUAGAGAGGGAAUGUCAUGACUCUCCUGUGACGAUCUGAAGGAUCAGGUUAGAGUGGGUCUGCUCUACAGCCUGCUCUCUCUCGUAGAGGGGAAUGUCAUGACUCUCCUGUGACGAUCUGAAGGAUCAGGUUAGAGUGGGUCUGCUCUACAGCCUGUUCUCUCUCGUAGAGGGGAAUGUCAUGACUCUCCUGUGACGAUCUGAAGGAUCAGGUUAAAGUGGGUCUGCUCUACAGCCUGCUCUCUCUCGUAGAGGGGGAGAGCGGGAAGUCGGCUGUUUUAUGGUCGGUCAUAAAAUACGCUGCCCCUAUGCUCUGUAGUGUUCGAGAUUGGAAUGGUAACUGUGGAAUACAGAGAGACACUUGGACAUCAAAAUUUGAUUAAUUAAACAAUAUUUCUACGUUUGAGAAUGUGGCAAUGGUCCGUGGACACUAAGGGACAGUCAUGACGAGCGUGUUUCAUUUGGUGACCUCAAGAAGGACAGGAAACACACAUUACUGUAUCUCUGUUUAUGGACACUUUCAAGGUUUACAUCUACAUUUUGUGAAACGUAUGUGAUUAAACAUGAAACUAUUUGUGAAAAGAUGUAAUGUGAUGUUAACCUUCAAAAUGAGAGAAUUGUCUUCCAUGUAAAGUAUUAACCAGGUCAGUGGCCACGCCCACGUGAUCAUAGACAUCAGCGUCAUGGACCGCCCUUUUCUCAGACGUGUAUAAAACCCACUCCUGGCGAAAUUUACAUUAGACCAGACAGCGUGCAGCGAUGGCUACACAGCUGGAAAUGGUUAAACUCUCAGACUAUAGAUUACUACAGAAUAAGAGCAAAUACUAGCUGUUCAUGUGUAAACGAUUAGCAUUUCAAUGAAUAUAAUUAUCAACUGUGCGUAGUGAAUCCAUUUUGUCUUUCCCGCUCUUUUAUCUGUCCCCACCCCUUUCCAUUGUCUACCAAGCCGUGAUACCGGUUUAGCCCACCUAGGGACUUAUCAAUGCAUUGCGUUAGUAACCAAUAUCUACUGUUUGUUUGUUGUGUAUUUCUGUGCUUAUUUAGUUAGUUAGUAAAUAAAUAAUUAAGCCAAUUUGUAUAUCGCUGAUUCAUCAUUUAGGCUAGUGUUCGUGCAGAUAUCCAAGGGUUUGCGACUUUCAAUAAUGUGAACUGAUGAGGUAAUAAUGAUACAUUAAUACAAGACUGUACUCGAUUUGGAAAAUAGAGACUAUAAAAAUGUCCCGUGGUGCCCUGACUUCCUAGUUAAUUCAAGUUUGCAUGAUUAGUUUAAUCACAUAAUUACACAUAGAGAAUUUAUUUGAUAAAAAAAGCAGUCUUCACAUGUAAUGAUAGUCACAGACACGACAACUUUUUUAUGGCUCAGCUAAUGUUAAAACGUACCCUAACCCUCCUUUGAGCUUCAGUCACCAGCACCAUCUCCCACCUAAACUAAUGUUUUUCUGUUCAUUAGUUUCCACUGUUCACCAAUGUUAUUAAAUAAUGGUUCCCACCUUC